AUGGACUCGGCGGAUGGCGAGGCGGCCUCCGCUUCCCAGCCUUUCCCCCCUCAGCUUCUCAGCGGCUUGGUCGACCCGGAGGAGCAGAGGCGCUCCGCUCGCCUCCCCGGCCCUCGGCGCGUCAUGUGGCGGGGAAAGUCUGAGAACCGUCCUCCGCUCCAAGAACUCAUCUUGCAACCGAAUGUUAUUCCCAGCUCUGAGAAAGUCACCUUGGCGUGUUCUAUGACAAACCCCAUGUUGUAUCAGCCUGGGCCUCAGCCAGAGGACAGCAUCAUCCCAUCUCUGCUGGAGUUUCCCCAGACCACCUGGCCAGAUUUCCCUCCAGAACUGCCGCAUGUGCCUAUGAAGGAGCUUGAGGCUUCCCAGGAUGACCCCAGGGAGCAGUGUCUGGGUCUGGUUCCCCAAACUAGCUCUACUCCUAAAGCCUCUGAAGGAGCAGCGGCCCCACUGGAUGAUGGUGUGGUCAAAACGUUGACCUUGGUCCCCUCUCCUUCCCAAGAGAGGCCCAGCCGAGGCCUACAGUCAGACGUUCCACUCAAGAUGGAUGUGGGUGCCAAGGCAAAGGCAAAUCACAUCUUUGUCAGCCUGUCUCCUUGUCAGUCGGACGCGGUGACCGUGAGGGUAGCACCUUGUCCAAAAGGCAACCCUGUAGACGUCGUCACUGCCAGUCUGGGAAGAGCCACCUCCCAGAAUGCCUCGUCCCAUCCCCAUUCAGAGCAGCAGCAGCACCCGGAAGAGAACUCUGUAGGCAUCAGGACAGAAGCUGACCCUGAGGCCUCCGUCCCUCUGAUAAGCAACUCUGUGCUGCCUUCUCCUCUGCAGCAGUUCCCUACUUCGUCUGCCUCAGGGGUCAGUCCCCCUGCCGGCCUCUCAGACCCCGGUACAGGAAGCACAUCACUCACAACUCCAGAAGGAGAGGAACUGACAUCUUCCCCCUCAUCAGAGGAAGGGCAGCUGGCAGAAAGACUGUCGCUGCCUGCUCAAAUUCCAGCAGAGACUGGACCCCAGGUGGCUGUGGUUGCUACAGUGGGAGACCUUAAUAACCCUCAUAGUCCCAGGACUGGAUCAUGGAUGUCCCCACUGGCCUGGCUAGAGAAAGGGGUGAACACCUCAGCUGUGCUGGACAGUCUACGCCAGAGCUUCCCCCUUCCUGCUCUGAAGUCGGAUCGAGGGACCAGCACUUCCCCUGUCUCUUCCGGCUCUGUGGCUUCAUGGCUAGUGGAAAAGAGUACUAACACCUCCCAGGUGGGGCAGGCCGAUACAAAAGACAAUGCCUCUGAGACAGAUUCCCUGCUGUGGUGCCGACCCCCAGAUCUGAGCGCCUUGUCCAGACGUGACCUGGAAGAUCAUCUGCUCAGUUCCCUCAUUGUUCUUGAGGCCCUCUCCAGGCAACUUCGAGACUGGCAGAAGAGUGGGGCCACCCCUCACCCUGAAGCCCAGGACAGCAGCACACAGACUGAUGUGUGUCCCAGCGGGGUGGCAGAUGGACCCCAGCAUCUGCAGAAGAGUCAGGAGACCCAUCAGCAUCUAGUACAGGCUCAUAAUGCCAUGCAGUCUUGGGGUGUGGAGUCCCAAGAGCUCUUGUCCUUGCUGAACCAGUGCCUACUGAAGCUGAGGGAGGACAGGACAGCAGUGGAACAGGAGCACCAACAAGCUGAGGCCCUGGUCUCCCGCUGCGGGGAGGUGCUGGCCAGAGCCCGGACAAAGCUGCAGAGCCACUUGGAAGAGAGGGAGGAAUCGAGGAGCCGAGAGGAAAGAGCCCUCAGGGGAAGAGCUGCAGCAGAGACGGUAUUGGAAGCCUUCUGUGUGCAUUGCAGUCAGCGUAUCAGCGAGCUCCAGCAUGAUCUGGAGUCCCAGGCAGAGCUUUGUGGUCUCCUGAGGGAGACCCAAGGCCAGCAGGCUUCUCUUCACUUGGAGCAGAAGGAGGUGGCACAGCAGGCAGCACAGCUGGCUUCCACCUUACGGGAGGACUGGCUCACGAUGCACCGAGAGUAUACAGUGUGGACAGCCGUGCUGGAUCAGGCCCAGAAGCUAAUGGAGCCAUUGCUAACCAAGAGUCAGAAGGCUUUGCAGGAGCGAGAUGAAGCCAGGGAGAAGGAGGAAGAGGUGUCCUGGCAGCUGGACCAGGUCUCUGCUCAGUUAAAGGACUCCCAAGCCCGAAUUGAGCAGCUGGAAUUGGAAAACAGACGGCUGGCGGCAGAUCUGCAGUUGCAGCUACAGAGCCUGGCCAGCACCCAGAGUCAUCUGGAGAAGCUCCAGGACCAGUACGACCGUUGUGCCCGGGACCUGGCCUCUCGGGACCAAGCCCUCAUCGAGCUCAUGUCAAGUAGGGAAGAGCAAGCCGCCUGGUGGCAGGAGGCAGAAGCAACCUUGAAGUCCACUCAGCUGGAGCAACGGGCAGCCCUCGCGGAGGAGGCUCGAGAACUGCAGGAGACUGUGGAGUUUCUGGACCAAGAGAACCAAGUGGCCCACACAGAGCUGACAAGGCUGGAGAGUCAGCUGAGGAGCACCCUGGCCGCUCUCCAGGAGCGCAUCGACCAGUGCCAGCACCUCAAGGACUCUGUGGACAGCCUCGAGGCCAGACUGGCUGACGCAACAGCAGAGGCCCAGGAGCUGAAGAAGAGACACCAAAGCUCCCCAGAGUUGUCCGUGCUCUCAGAGAGCCUGCGUAACCUGCUUCUCUCGCUACAGACGGCAUUGAAGGAGGGGACUCCUCUGAGUGCAGCACGGACCCCUGCCCGGCACCUCCACCCCAGUGACAACAGCUUCCUGGGCAGUGUCUUGAGAGCUAUGGAAGGAGAAUUAGAACCCGACCUCAGCCCUCUGCUCAGAAGUGACACAAGUGCUUUUUCCCAAGUGGAAUCGAAAAUCUCCCUUUGGCCUGCAGGGGUCCCCCACACUGAGAAGAGUCUGGAAGAGCUGACUUGCCUGAUGCAGGAAGCUCAGAGCCUGUGCUGUCAGCUUCAGGACUCUAAAGAAAAAGCUGUCGGGGCCCUGCAGCAAGAGAUAAGCACUUUACAAAUCAAACUGCAGGCCCAGGAGGAACAACACCAGGAGGCCCUGAAGAAUCAAGAGGCCGAGGUGGAGAAGCUCAGCCGAGCCCUGUGUAUGCGCUACAAGAAUGAGAAGGAACUCCAGGAAGUGAUACGGCAGCAAGAAGAGAAGAUCCUAGAGCAGAUAGAUAAGAUUGGAGAAUUCACAAGUCUUCGAGAGGAGGUGACCCAGCUCACCCGAUCAUUGCAGCGAUCAGAGACCGAAGCCAAGGUGCUCCAGGAGGCCUUGGCCUGCCAGCAGAAUCCAGAUUCUCAACCCAUGGACACUGCUUGGAUUCAGGAGAAAGUGUGGCUGUGCCAGGAGGUCGAUAAACUGAGGCUGUUACUCCUUGAUAUGGAAAAAGAGAAGGCAGCGCUUGUGGUCAAGUCUCAGAGCCACAGGAACAUUUUGGAAGAGAACCUGAGGUGUUCAGAAAAGGAACUGGAGAAGCUGGAUGACAUCUUUGAACAGAUCUAUAAGGCUCUGUCGAACAUUCCUGAGGUUGUGAGUGGCUGCCAGGAGUUGCAGAAAGUGAUGCAAUUACUGAGAUAAUUAACACAGAUAGACAACAGAUUGGACCUGCUUUUUGGGGGGUGGAGGUCGGGUAGGGAAGAGGAAAUGAUGCUGUGGAGAAGACAGCAAUCUGUAUAUUGAUGUGUAUUUAAAAUUUGAAUAAAUUUA